AUGGCCACCCAGGCCGGCAUAAGUUGCAUCUUGUUUCUUGAAGAACUUGCGGCUGGGUUUCGGGCAAGUGAGGGGGAAUACAUGAACAUUUCCAAGGCGGAAGCAUGCGAUUUCAGUGUUCAUCUCGUCCAUGAGCUUGUGCAUCCACCAGAACAGGGUCUUGUUCAUGAGCAUUUCGAGGAGGUUGCCAACAAUAGGCCAAGGCUUUAG